AUGUCCCAAUGGAUUCCCUUCGCCACUGUCACUCCGCAAUCUUCUCAACAGAAUGGCGCAUUGCCCCCAAUGCCUUCGACAUCACAACCUAUUCCACCUGCGCAGCCGACGAAUUUCCCUGAAGCAACAUGUAUCAGUGGAAGCGCUGGCAGCCGCGAGCUCUGGUAUGAAUUCGGUAUCGACAUUAUCGGUGAAGACAACAAGACCACCAUCCACCACAAAGUCGCUGCCCACGUAGAGGCCAUCCCAACAUCCACCUCUCUUCCUCCCAACAUCCAGGCGAACUCCAGAAGAGCCAUGACACUGGGGCAGAACUGCACUCCCUGAGCUCUUCAAUGAAUGACAUUCAUGACACGCUCAGUGGCUCGGUCCCAAAACCUACCACACUUCCCCCAAUUGCUCCCUCCCAUGCGUUCACAACAAGCCUCAACCACCUC